AUGUUCCCUCCAGUUGCCGCCGGGCUACCUCGCGUCUGCCCCGGCGCCGUGAUUGAUGGCCAGUAUGUCCCGGCGGGCUAUAUUGUCUCGUGUGAGAACUACCCACUGGCUAGAGACCCUCGCUAUUGGGUCAACCCGGACGACUUCCGACCGGAGCAGUGGAUUGGGCAGGGUCUCGGAGACGACAAGCGAGCCUUCCAACCGUUUUCCAGUGGGCCGCGCGCCUGUUUGGGGAUCAACUUGGCGUAUCUUGAGCCCCGAAUCACUCUCGCAAAGAUCAUCUUUGCUUAUGACCUGGAGCUGGUUUCCCGAGAGAUCGAGGACUGGAACCGCUCAUGCACAUCGUUUGGUCUUUGGAGGAAGCCUGGACUGCUAGUGAAAUUUCAUCCCCGUAAUGGCGCCUAA